UAAAAUCCAAUCUGAAAAAGCAACGUCAUUCCUAUCCCAGCUACACACCCGUCGACCGACCUCUUCACUCCUCUUCCCAGUCUAUUUCCGCUCGUUCGUGUUGUCUUGAGCAGCUUACUCGUAACUCGUCCGUCUUCAACUGUCUUCAUGUCCGCUCAAUCAGGUAUCAAGGUGCCGGACGAGCUCAAGACUGCGUUCUCGUCCGCGCAGAGCGAGGGCAGUGAGACCCGAGCUCUGGUAUUCAUCAUUGACGGGGAAUCUUACAAGGUGCAUGAGACUGUCAAGACUAAGGGCUCUUUCAAGGACGAUGUGACGCAGCUUGCGGGUACUCUCCCCACUCCCAAGACUCCUGCCAGCUUUGCCUACCGUCUGGACUCUAAAGAUUUGGGCAAAUGGGAAUGGAUGAUGAUCACCUUUGUCCCUGACGAUGCUGGAGUACGAGCCAAGAUGCUUCAAGCAUCUUCCAAGCCUGGACUCAUGAAGGCACUGGGCGCCAACAACUUCAAGCACGACUGGUCUGCGACUUCCAUUAACGAUUUGACACCUGGAGCUCUCUCUGCCCACUUGAAUCACCUUGCUUCUCCGCCUCCACUGUCUGCGGCCGAAGCUGCCUUGGCAGAAGUGAGAGAAGCUGAAGCUGAAGAAGCUCGUCGUACUGCCCUGGACCCCGAGGCGGAGGCCAGACGCCGCAAAGCCAUUGCCGGCCUAGGAGGCAAAUUCAAGUGGAAUGAUGGAGUUGCAGAUGCCCUGGACAAGGUCGGAGAAAGGAGUGAUGAUGGUUGGAUCGUGACAUUGGAAAUUCCAAGCAAUGAUGCUGGAGCUGUCUCUCUCCUUCGAUCCGAAGCUUGUCCACCUUCGAAGCUGGCCUCAAUGUUGCCUGAAAAGUCCCCGUGCUACACGUUCUACUCUUAUCCGACUCCUCCACCACCUCCGUCCGCUACUCCUGCUCCGAAACCCUCUCAGCCUAUGGCAGAGCCUAGGGACGUCUUCAGAGGUACAGUCGGCGGAGCCCGACCUGUUCAGGCUUCUUGGGCGCCCGCUUCAGCGGACUCAGCGAAGGAAGGCGAAUCUGCGCCAGAAGCGUCAAAGGCCGAGAGCAACGUCGAUGAAGAGGCUAAAGACGCGACUGUUGAAUCGCCAGUGGAGAAGCCCUCGGACGAGGGCGACGAAGCCUCCAGCGUCAAGAACCUUAGCAUCUCUCCGAUCGAGACUUCGGCCUCCCCUCAGAAAGGCAAAGGACGGAUACUCUUCCUGUAUACCUGCCCAUCGAGCAGUCCCAUCAAGUUCAGAAUGGUGUACUCCAGCGGAGUCAGAGGCAUGCAGCAAGACGCAGCGGACAAGGCAGGUAUAGAGAUCAGCGGCAAGAUUGAGACGUCUGAUCUUUCCGACCUCACCGAGAGUUACUUGAAAGAGAACCUGGCUCCCUCCAAGCCUACUCAUUCGUCAUCUUUACCUACACCCAAAAAGACCGCCAUGGCAGGUGCCACACCUACACCAUUUGGAGGAGCCUUUGGUCGACCUCGACCACCAACCGUCAAGACUGGCUCUGCCUCAUCAGCUUCUCAAAUUCCUCUGCCUUCUUCAGAAGUCUCUACUCCCGCGGGAGACUCGGAAGAUGGCGGUGACAAUAUCCGAAAGGCCUUCGACGCAUUUGGACCCAGAGUCGGCGCUGGAGGCGGUGGUGGUGGCUUCGCAAGGCCGAAACCUGCAGGUCGGAGGUGAUGAUCCCGUGCUGAUGAAAGGAGUAGAGAAGGUUCGGUCACAUGUAGGGAAUGAUAUUGAAGAAAUCCGCAAUUGUGUAAUGAAUCGCUGCCCAUCACUUCUAUAAUCAAUCUCCUCCACGUGGCUCCGCUCAUCGCGUUUCUUG